AUGCAGGUCAAGUACCCGAUCAUGGGGCUAUCCUACGGCCGCGGCUUCUUUGCGAUCUGCGGCGGCGGUGGCUCGCUCAAGUCUGGCAUCAAGAACACCGUCGACAUUUACCAGCUCUCGGACACUGACGCGACGGGGUUCACGAAAGAACUCACGGUCGACACGGGCGUGGAACUUGCCUCUGGCGUCGCGUUCUCGCACGAUGGACAGCUCAUUGCCGUGUCCAUCAGCGCGGGCUGCUGGAUCUACGCUCUGGAUUGGAAGAGCAAGACCAUGACGCUCUUGGUCAAGUUUCGCUCGGAUUUCCAUCCCGAAGAUAGUUCGCAGAGUUGUGCUCGUUUCGUGGGCAAUUCGACCAUUUUGACGGGUGGAGAAGACGGAGUUGUGCGUGUCUGGCGGCUGCGACGAGACCCGUCCAGGCGUGAGAAGGACGGAGGCUCGUCCCAGGCUCUCAUUGUGCCGGACGAGCGAGAUCACCAUGCCAAAGUGACAGUAGAAGAGCAGCCGAAGCUUGGCGAUUGUGUGAUCGAUCGAGACAAUAUGGUGACGCUGACGAGGGAGUACCGUGGUCAUACGAUGCGGAUCCGCGACAUUGACGUGGAUCGCUCGCAUCGCAACCUCGUAGCGUCAAGUGCCGAGGACCAAUCGUGUCAUCUAUGGCGACUGACGGAAGUGACGCCGAUUUGCAAGUUCCAGAAAGAUGACGCGCUGGAUAUUGCGUUCCAGAGACUGCCGACAAAGCCCACGGUGGGACCACGCAAACACUUGUUUCGGUGUGUACGCUUUGCCCAUACUGGACGUCGGUUGUACACUGUGCUGACGUCUGCUCGUGGCGACUCCAUUUUGAUCAAAUGGAAGCCCGAGACGAUCGCACAGGAGAACGAGGAGCAAUGGUCGUGGAUGGUGGAAGAAACGGCUAUUGCUGGCAACAAGCCUGUCGCGAGUCUGUGUGUGAGUCAGGACGACCGAUUCGUGAGUGCGGCAGCAGUGACGGGAGAGAUCAAAGUGUUUCUGGCGUCCACGUUGCAGGAGUACAAGAAAAAGUCGAUGGAGCAGCACUCGUUUGCUAUCACUGGCAUGAGCUUUGUGCCGCCAGUCGACACACGUGAGCCAGUGUUACACUUGGUGAGUGGUGGCGCCGACAAGAACUUGCUGCGACAUGCCAUUCCCCUGGAAGGCGGUCUUGUCAAGUCGAAGAGGGAGAUGCUAGUUGAUGGUGUAAAGAGCGUGGUGGGUACCACGAUCGGCCUGGGACUCAACCUAUGGAUGGCGAUGCUCCUGCUAUUUAUUACCCUGCUAUUUAUUCAUGCAAGGACGUCGAUGCUCUCGGACGGCCCGUUGGCAGGUUUCAGUGAUAUAGCAUCUCUUCGAUACGACGCAGCCGAUGGUCUGGCAACGAUUGUAGCUCUCGUCGUGAGCAUCGUUGUGACGUGGUUCUUUGCAGCGCAUAGCCCCGUGACAAGUCGUUUCUUCUGGAACGGCCUGCUGUGCUUGCUGUCUGGCAUGGAAGCCUUUUACAUCGCGAUAUCAGCAGAGCUCGAGGUCAAGUGGAAAACGGGCGAUGCUGCGAUUGAUGAGCUGCUUGAAUACAAGCUCGCGAUUCUGCUUGGCGUGUGUUGCAUCGCAUUUUUCUUGUGCCAUUCUCUGCUGGCGCUGACACUGUAA